AUGUGGGACGUAUUUUGGACCGACCCAAACCGGGAGCUUGUUGGAGAGCAUCGAGCAAGAAAGGAGAGGAAGAAGAAGCAGGAAAAGUUGGAUAAACGGAGGUCUGUAUCUACGAAAAGUAGCUCUUUUUCCUCAGCCGACUCUCCCUUCUCCUUUCUUCGGCCACAGAACCUUAAGCGAGUGAAUACGUCGGAAACUGGAUCAGCAGCACCAUCGAUCUCGUCCUCGUGGUUGGCAUCGCCCACUUUCUCAUCUACUCAAUCGCCGCUGUCUCCCACUUUUGAUAUCCCAAGCCGUCCUAGUUUCGCCGCCGGUCGACCAUCUACCUCUGUGGAGCGACCGUCAACAUCUUCUCAUCCUGGCGAACUUCGUUCGUUCGGAAGAGGUGAUGACUUGGCUUCGCCCAGAAGUUCUCAGCAUGACUCCAUAUUCUCCAAGUAUCCAGAGAGUGACCAGGGAACUUCUGAAUCUGUGCGCGAUUGUUCAUCGAAGGAAUACGAGCGAAGCAAAAUCACUAUUUUCCCUCGCCGGAAGUCUUCAAGCCAUGCAGUGGCUUCUGGCCAGGCACAAGUCCCGCCGGGUCAGCCAAGGAGAGCUUCACAUUCAGUUAACUAUAGCCGGGGAGUUUAUGGGAAUUCACAAUCCGCCAAAUCAUCAUUGGAAUUACACGCACACACUCGAAAUGGUCAUCCAACCCAUGAUGCGACGCUCAUCCCUGAUCCACUGGUUCCGUCGAAGACAUCUCCCAAGCUCAAAAUUCAUGAUCCCGGCAAUUGGAACGUAAUCGGAGCUCAGAAUGUAACUCCAUCGUUGAAAGUUACACAAAAUAGUGCGGCAGUCGCUAUCCCUUUAAUCAAGGAGGCCGAGAACCUUCCCAGCCUGGAUGAGUGCACAGAAGAACUAAAAUGGAUGUCCGCGCAGCCGCUUGAUAGCAUCCUGCUCAGACUUCAGUCUCCCGGAAAGUCUUUCCCUGAUGCGGAAGGCAAUGAGGCUCUAGGCCCACCAAUCAGUCGUUGGAUGUUGUGGUCACUUGAUCAUCUUGACCAAGCACCAACUGUUCCAAACACUUCUCAGUCUCCAGUGGUUAUCCCUAUGAGUGGUGCUUCAAAUUGUCUGGAGCUCUACGACUCACAAGAAACAACAAUGUUCCUCUCUGCUGUAUACCCGACAAAGAAGUUCUACCAUGUGUCUCCAAUGCCGUUGUCGACUGAGCUCGCGCCAAAUGUGCGAUCAAUCCACAUAAGCACACCCACCCCUCUCAAGUUCCGUGGAGAGUGCAACUAUGACGCUGCAUUUUCCUUUACUAUACCUGCAAUGUGUCCUGCAGCUGGAAUUCCCGAUCUUCUGAGUGGAAUAAGUAAAAGUCUCAAGCCAGGCGCUGCUCUCCGCCUAAUAUUGGUCAACCCAAUGCCAAGGGCAGGCACUGUUGGCCCGCACAUGAGGGCUUGGCUUAGAGAGCAUCUACUUUCCAAUUUAGAAAGGAGCUUUAGAUGCACAAGCCCUUGCAAAUUAUUUCCAGAAUGGCUGGGUGAUGCAGGUUUACGCGGUAGAGGCAGCACCCGAACGGUGACCAAGUUUUUCGCUGUUCCAGCAAGUGUCACUCACCAGAGCACUGAGACAAUGGACCCGAAGACCCUGCAGGAGUUUUCAGAAUCUAAGAAGAUGGUCAAAGCAGAGAUUAGGAGCUACCUAGGCCGUGAGCUCUGGAGACAGAUAUGGGGGCCAUUUCUCAACGAAGGGAAAUCCUGGUGGGAAGACUCUGCCUGCGUUACCGAAUGCCUUGAAUUCGGAACCAUCUGGGAAUGUCAUACAAUCGAAGCCGUAAAGGGCGUUUGA